CUUUGUUCUUUCGUUGAUUAAUUAAUUGAUUAAUUUUUAAUUAACUGUUCAUGCAGAAACAGAAAUUUAUUCCAGUGAUAAGAAGACAUCGUCAUGGAAGGGGGACUUCACGAUCGAGAUAGGGUUGGGGUGCAGGACGCUGUCCUCUUGGAAGACUAUCUUAGUGAAGAAGCGUUUGUUAAUAAUUUAGAAAGACGUUUCAAAGAACAUUUAAUUUAUACUUAUAUAGGGCCUGUACUAGUAUCAGUUAAUCCUUACAAGGAUCUGAAUAUUUAUACUUCGGAAUACAUUAAAGAAUACGAAAAUAGGAACUUCUUCGAGACAUCGCCUCACAUGUAAGUAUUUAUGAAUAAAAUUGU